AUUAUUGAUGGGAUGGAGAGGGAGUCACUCUUCUUGUGUAGUGGUCUGUUACCUUUUGUUCAUAAUGUAUCUUUCUUUUCUGAACCGAAGUCGUCAUCAGUUGGUAGCCUUGAAGAUUCGGCUUGGCAGGUGUUAAUUCCGGGUCAGCAUCGACCGGAGUUAAGCUCAAGAACUUAAAUGACGCGGUAAGCCGUAGAUGUAUAAAUAGCUCCUAGCCCCAACUUUCUGCAUUGAUAAAGAUUUCCAACCUCUACUUUUCAUACUAUCUCAGGCUAGCCAUCACAUCCCACAACUUUACCAAUAACAUGCGCCUUAUUCUCACAGGUGCCACCGGCAUGGUCGGGUCGGCCACUCUCAACCAUGUUCUUUCUCUCCCGCCCGGGCAAGUAUCGCAUUUGUAUAUCUUGAGUCGGAAAUCUGUACCCAUCGCGGAGGAUCGACCCGACGUUACUGUGAUCGAGCAUAAGAACUUCAACGAAUACAGUCCUGAAUUGUUAGAGAAGUUGAAGGGAGCCGAUGGCUGUAUUUGGGCGUUGGGAAUUUCCCAGACACAAGUAUCGAAAGAGGAGUAUGUAAAAAUCACAAUGGACUAUCCAUUAGCAGCAGCAAAAGCCUUUUCGGGAUUAUCAGACUCUUUUAACUUCGUAUAUGUUUCAGGAGAAGGAGCAACGCAAGAACCAGGAAUGUUCACUCCAUUUUACGGUCGGAUAAAAGGCGAGUGUGAAGCGGCAUUGAUCGCCCUAUCCCAGAAGUACCCCAGUCUGAAGCCCUACUCCGUCAGACCUGGGCUCGUAGACCCGGCUUACGACCCCGCGACACUGGCAUCUGUCAUGCAGCGGCCGGACUUCACUGCCACCAAAAAGAUGCUCUUAGGGACUAUCGGUCCCCUCACAAGACAAUGCUAUUCCAAAGGUGUUUCACCGACGAAGGACCUCGGGCAUUUCCUGACAGACCUGGCUAAGGGAAACGGACAACCACUUACAGGAGAGGGAGUCAGUGGUGGUGGAUGGAUUAUAUCGAAUGCUGCAUUCCGGAGAGCAGCCGGUCUCUAAUCAUAUCUUCCAGCCUCAAGUCAAUGUACUAUAUAUACAUAUACCCAACUCUAUCUCAACAUACAGAACCCAACCCUAAUACAUCUAAUCUCAUCUCCGAUAACCAUAAUGCCAAUCCGCCCUCCCCAAAUCCUCCCGAACCUUAUAAACGCUCUCUGCAUCAUCCAAAACCCCCAUAUCAACCUCCACCACACUCAUCCCCUCGCUACACCCUUCCACCCUCCCAACACACC